GCGAUUUGUACUAGCCUCAGUUUGAUUUUCGCACACGAGGUGGUCGGACACGGAUGAGUUUGAUAGUUUAGCGGUCUCUCGGUGACACGCUUCGAUGGGCAGCUCGCAUUUUUCGGUGGCGAUGACGCAGUGCGUCUUCCUCGUCGUCGUAUCGCUGAUUUUGUCACACGUGCGGGCAGCUGGCGAUGCGGUGUCUUCCGCCAACGAAUCAAUAUCGUUGCCACCGGCUUGCGUCAUUCGGGCAACGCUCUAUAAGACCUCUUCGUCGGAAAGGAGUCAAAACGAUUUUGGGCUGCCUCUGGCUAUAGAUUGCAGUGAGAACAGUAGCAUGGGGAUGAAUUACUUCGAUUUGGGCGCCCAAAGAGUGGCCGGAAAGAGGCACGUUUCGCUGGAUGGCUUUCAGACACCGCCCUUGGGAAUCUCGAGCUAUGGCUUGGAGUACCUGGACAAUUGUGUGGAUCUGGAAAGUGUCGAGAUCCAACGUUUUGUGGGCGAUGCCACCCUGAAACUGAGCUGUGGAGGAGCUCUGAUCCCCAACCUCACCGCAGUGUCUUUUAGAAACAACGAGCUGGGCACAUUGAGUGGAGAAACUAUCCAGGACUUGCCACAUCUUAAGAUACUACACUUGCAACAGAACUCACUAAGGUACCUAGAAUACUUUAAGAACCCUUCUGACUUGGAAGAACUUAUAAUACAGGACGAACGGGAUUUGGUCCUGAGGUUCAAUGAAAUCCUAAAUCAGCUGCCAGAGCUGAGAAGGCUUAGUUUGCGAAAUGUAGAAAAGAUUGAGGACCAAUUCCUUAGAAUCUUACCAGAAAACUUAACGGAUCUGAUAAUCGAGGAUACGCCCAUUCAACCAGGAGUUUUGUACUUGACCGAAGGCGUUGCGAAACUGGUAAACGUAACCAUCACAAAUUGCCAGCUGAAGGGAUUUGCUUUGCAACCAGCACACAAUUUGGAUAUUACGUAUCUAAAUCUAAGUGGCAAUGCCAUAUCUUCGUUCAACAUACGUUUUGAAAAUGGACCAAGCACCCUACUGACCUUGGACUUGAGCCGAAAUAGAUUGGAGCACUUGAAUUUCACCUGGUUCUAUAGAACCACCAGUCUUCGUAGUCUCCACCUGCAGGAAAACCACUUCCAUUCAUUGUCCCUCUUCCAAGUGGGCUUGAUUUCCCCAGCAAGCAUUCACCACAUUGACCUGAGAUCCAAUGAAUUGAUGAGUUUCCGGGAUACAGAAAAUGCUGAUGUACCGUACUGGAACCCACAGCUUCGAAUUUCCAUCGAUGGCAAUCCUUGGAGCUGCCAGUGGAUGCUGAAUUUCUCGCACAUGCAUCCUCAACUCUUUAGACUAUUCCAGUACUCCAAGUAUAUAUCCCACAUCAAUAUAAAUGGCCUGAGCUGCACACCGCAAGAGCCGCCCUCGGAAGAACCGCCCAAGGUGCGAAGAAUCAUGCACGUAAGGAUCAAUGGGACAGACUCUGCGAUUCCCGUGCCACAUCCACAUGGAAAUGUUUCCAGUUUUACUGUCCUUUACGGCAACCCCGUAGAACUGCACCGAAGUCAGCGGUCUUUAGCCUUGAUAAUCGUGUUUAUGUUGCCCCUGGGAAUCGCAUUCCUCUUCCUCUUGCUAUAUCUAUACCUCCAUUGCGAGCGGCUCUUCCACUUGUCCUAUUACGCCUCGGGAUUGCCCUGUUUUGGUGGCGAAAAAUCUUCCAGUGGGCCGAGGUUUGUGGAUCACGUGGACAUAGUGCGCUAUCCCAUUGCGAAUGGCGGUUCCAGUAGCCCAGUUGAUGUGGAAACCGAAUUGCCAGAUGGAUACGAGACUCCUGUGAGUGGAGGUACCUCCAUUUGCAAUUGCACUGGUCACAGAGAAUCCACCUGCUCGAGGACCCACCAUGUCACCUACGAGUCCUUACCAGCUGAGUUGCCCUAUCAACUGUACGCAGAGAUCAAGGAGCAGGCGGAUGAGAACGGGGAUGCGGAUGAGGUGCUGGCCCUACAUACCGGCCCUACGGCUCCCAUUUACGAUCAUCUGUCAUUUGUGGAGGAGAUGCCAAAACUGGAUGAACUGAGAGAUAUAUCCUAGUUGUCUUUGAAUACUUGAAUAGAGAACACAUUGGCAUUCAUGGGGCAACAAGAAAGAUCAGCUCGUUUUAGUCAACAAAAGAAAUAUUGGAAAUCUGGAU